UGUAUCAAUGCGCCCGGUCCCCGUUCGCUCCGGGAUCCUGAAGCACGGACUCGCGGAGAGGAGCAGCGUCGCUUCCUUGCAGGAUUUAUUUGUUUGUGGAAAAAUUUAUCUUUUGUUUUUCCGUUCUAAAGCAGCGCGCAUUCCGAAUGACCACGACUCGCUCGGACGGCCCUCCUCCACUCGCCAGGCUUUGCAUGUGUUGCUUUUGUCCUGCAGGAGAGAAGGCAGGCUUUGUUUUUUGGUGGAUCUAGAGCUGAAGGAGGCAGUGCCAGGCGCUGCUGCUGCUGCUGUGGGCUGGACCGGCCACGGAUGGGAAGGUGUCAGACUGUACUUAAACAGAGUGUUGGGUCCGUGAGGACAGCUAUGUGGAGACCUGUUACAGCUCCGUUGGAAGACACUUCAAGUGAUCUGCCAGUUUGUUUCCCUUAAACGUGGGCCGCAUUUGAGAGUUUGGAUACUUUCCAGUUUGGCAACCCAUAAUAGAAUUCGAUUUUGGAUUUCUGUGCUUGUUGGAUCUAUGCGUUCAUCCUUCUGGAAUCUCGUGUGCGUAUUGCAUUCCAAGCAAAGUCACACAGCAUCAGCCGGUUUUGGAAUUCGGAUAAUUGCACAUUCCUCACUGGAGUACAGUUAUUGAGCUUUCCAGUACAGGUGUUCGUUUGGAAAUCGUUCUGCAUCCACCUCUGGCGCAGGCGAGCUCCCAACAGGAAGUGUUCGCUUGAGUGUGUCAUCUGGGGAAAUGGAUGGCCCGCGGUGCAGCGGGAUCCGGAAAAAGCGGAAGUCUCGGUCGGUGCGAGACCGGGAGCGUGUGUCUAAUGGGAUCAGGAAUAACCAUGUCCGGGGCACCGUGCCUCGAUUCACCUCAGAUUCGGAGAGGGAAGACAGCACCAACCCCUCGUCUUCCUCACGACCCAAGCCACCGAGGAGGAAGAGGAAGGAGUCUACCUCUGCUGAGGAGGACAUCAUUGACGGAUUCUCAAUAUCGGGAUUCAUGACGCUGGAAGCUCUUGAGAAGGACAUGACCCUGAAGCCUCACGAGCGGAGACAGAACCAGACAGGACCGCUGCGCAAGAAGAAGCCCGGCCGCGUGCCGAACGGGCUGAGCUUGGACCUCAACCACAACAACCACCAGCACCACCACUCUGAUCAGGAGAACAACCCUCGCCUGGCCCAUACGCACAGCAAGAAGAAGAAGAAACACCUGCAGAAGAAACACCGACCUCUGAAGCCGGGUCAGAACAACUGUAAAGACAGCGAUAGCGAGAGCGUGAGUGGGGAAUCCAAACCCUCCAUCCGGAGCAGCUCCAGAGACAGACCGACAGACUGUGAGAGCGAGAGUGACCAAGAAGACAAGGGCUCAGAUGCCAGCUCAGAGAAACUCUUCAGCACAGCUGCAGUUAAAGUGAGGAGUUGCGAUGCAGGCACCGUCUGUUCUUUGUGUGCAUGUAAACGUCCCGCCAUGCGUGUAGGAAGUUGGUUCGUGUGGAGUCUGCAGUAAGAAGGCGUGAGUCAAAGGAUCCGGGGAGUCAGUUGAGUUGCUUUUAAAACCUCAGUGUCUUUAGACAGCAGGAGCCCAUCAGCACAUCGCUAAUUUGCUCUUAAAGCCUUUGGAAUUUGAGCUCCCCCAUUUUACAAACCCCAGGCAGGCCAGCAUAAUGGAGCCCAGCCUUGUGAAUCCACAUUCUUCUGUAAUGGUGCGUUACCA